AUGGACCUCCAGGCCCCCAAAUACUUGCAAAGCCUUGCCGUCUUCCCGUCCGCUGAGGGGGUGAGCCUCUCUACUUCUUCCUCCCCAUCCUCCUCUCUUUCUCAGAAGACUUGCAGCGUGCUGAUCAGCUUCCUCGGCGGUUGCAGGAGUCGGCUUUCUACGGCGGCGAGAACCCGUUUGCAGACGCCUUCCCCGACCCGCUCUGCAAGCUCAAUCUCAAGGAAACCUCGGACUUCGUGAGAGCGUUCCCGGCGGCGGCAGCUCAGAGGCGGAGGGAGAGCUCCACCGGGCGGCGGCUGGAGGCACCGCCCACCCCGGGCAGGCCCGUCUUCGGCUUCAGCCACGGAAAUCUCUCCAGGAAGAGCGUCCCUUCCAAAUGGGACGACGCAGAGAAGUGGCUGAUCAGCAGCUCCUCCUGCCAUGCCUCCCCCGCCCACGCCCCCAAGCCCUCCAUUGCCAACCCUCCCAAGGCCGCCACCAAGCCGGCGGAGGCCCUCUUCCACAGGGUCCCCGAGGAGGCGGCACGGAGGCCAGCGGCGCCGCCAAGCUUCCCGCUGGAGGAUACCCUGAAAGGUGAGCUUCCCUGCCGGCGAUCGUCGGCUUCUCGCCGCCACGGAAGAGGGCCUGGAUUUGGUGGAUUCUCAGCGCAUUGAGCCCUUUCCUGUUUCAGACAAAUUCACGGACAAUGUGGAGCCGAUCUUCCCCGGCUUGCAGUGCUCCGAGCCGGCCGGAGAGGUCUUCUUGUUCAGGAACUCGAUCCGCGAACCAGCAACGAGGGUCGGCGGCGCCGCCACGGCGGCGCAGCACAGAGACGUCGGAACGGAGAUGACCCCCCUCGGGAGCUCGACCACGUCAAGAUGCCACACCCCCUUCAAGACGUCGUCUCCGGCGAGGCACAACACACCGGCGGACAGGUCCGGACCGCUCGCGCCGCCGGCCAGCUCCGGCGUUGACAUCUCGGAGAUCAAAGAGUGCCACUUUGCGAACCUCGCGCUCGGAGCCCCCUUCGACCUGAUGGUAUCCAACUGGAGCUCCAGGGAGGAGGAGGAGGAGGAGAUAUCGAAGAGCCUGCGGCACUGCGAGGUGGGCGGCGCCGGGAGGAAGAGCAUGGCCGAGUUGAAGGCCUCCGCCUGGGAAGAUGAGGAGAAGAGCAAGAUCUGCGUCAGGUACUGAGAGAAGAGGAGAGGGGAGCUCGAUGCUCCGAAGAAGUUGGAGCCCUCUUAAGUUUCUUUCUCAUCUCAUCUGGGUUAUCGUGUUCGACUUGCAGAUACCAGAGGGAGGAAGCGAAGAUCCAGGCUUGGGUGAAUCUCCAGAGCGCCAAGGCAGAGGCGGAGUCGAGGAAGCUCGAGGUAACUCAAUUCUCACGCCUCACCCUCCCUUUCAGUUGUUCUUCUUCCUCUGCAAGGAGGAUCAGAGCUCUUCCUCCCUCCCUCCCUCUCUCUCCUCUGCAAGAAGGGCACGUUAGGGUUGCUGUUCCUUCCGUCCUGCAUUUCCUCGACAGAUUCCGGAUGAUGCCCGUAUAAGGAAAACGUGAGAAUUGGACUGGGUUUGCGUCAGAUCCGAGCCAAUGCCGUUUUGUCAAAUCCGCCGGCGAGAAUAUGUGAUUAUUAUUAUUAUUAUUAUUAUUAUUGUGAUUGCUAGCCAUCUCCAUCUUCAUGGUCGUUCUGCUUGAAGACGAUCGGAUCCUCUGCUUGGUUUGUUGAUGGACAGGUGAAGAUACAGAAGAUGAGAUCGAAUCUGGAGGAGAAGUUAAUGAAGAAGAUGGCGGUGGUGUACAGGAAGGCGGAGGAGUGGCGGGCGGCGGCGCAGCUGCAGCACUCCCAGGAGACGCUCAAGACGAGGGAGCAGGCGCAGAAGAUGAAGGCUCUCCCUCUCCAGGGGAGCUCCCUCGCCGGCCACCACCGGGCCUGCGGCUGCAUUCCCCUCCACCCUCACCAGCACCAGGGCCACCACCACCACCACCACCACCACCACCAUCGCCACAUCUGA